AUGCCCAAUGUGCAAUUGUCUUACUGUGCAAAUGGAUCACUGUGCCCGUGUCGGAGCGCCGAUGAACUUCUCGACUGGACACAGAAAUGUUCGGAGCAAAUAAAUUUAUCCUGUGAUCUCUUUCCCUCCUCAUCUUCCUCUUUGCCUUCAGCAUCAGAAGAAGCAGCCGAAGAAGCAUUAAGAAGGAAUUCAGAAUUACGUGAACAGAUAGAUGGAAAACAAUUCGAAUUUGGUUAUGUUGAAGAAUUAGGACAACGUUUAAUUGAAAAAGGAUAUCCUAAAGAACAAGUGAAACAAAAAUUAGAAGAAUUGGAAUAUGCAAGGAAUGAAUUAGAAUUUCAAUGGCAAAAGAGAGAAGAUGAUUGUCGUCGAUUAUUGGAAUUACAAGCAUUUACACGGGAGGCUGACCGUAUUAAUUCUUUAAAUAGAGGGCAAUUAGCUUUUCUUGAUCUUUCUACUUCUCAAGCUGAUUCUGUAGAGAAAGUGCAAAAUUUGUUGAAAGGACAAGCUGAAUUUGAAGCUAAACUUUCAGCACAAGAAGAGAGAGUUCUACUUUUUGUUGCAUCUGCUGACCGUUUGAUACGCACCGGACAUUCACAAUCCGGGCAAAUUGAAAAUCAAAAACGAGAAGUAAUUUAUGGACAUCAAGGAGUUAUUGAGAGAACACAGAUGAGAAGAGCACAGUUAGAGAGAGGAUUAGCCCUUGAAGGAUUGCGAAGAGAUGCCAGUGAAUUGGGUCUUUGGAUUAAUGAGAAAAGACAUCAAAUGGAACAACAAAAUGAAGUUGGAGGGGUUGGGGGCCUUAACUGGGCGCAAACAAGACAUCAAGCUUUUAUGUUAGAAUUGCCAGCUAAUCGAGCUGAACUUAGCAGACUUGCAAAAUCAGGUGCAGCACUAAUCCGCGAUGGUGUUGCUGAAAGAGAAGCAGUUGCUAAUGUCUUAGAGCCUCUAGAAGUUGAAUGGACUAAACUUGAAACGCUUGCACGACAGAGAGGUGAUCUACUAGGCCAAGAAGAACAAAAAGUUGCUCUUCUUGAAGAAAUAAAUGAAAUUAAUGGAAAAAUUGAAGAAAUUGAGAAUCGUUUGUCAGAUAAAACGAAAGGGAAAGAUUUGCGUGGUGUAAAGCAAUUAAUUAAUAAAAAUGUACAAACUGGACAGGAAAUUCAGGCAAAAAAAAGAAAAAAGAAUAAAUUAAUUUUUGAAUUUUUUCAGUUAUUAGAAGAUCGUUUAAAUGAAAUUUCUAAAAAAGUAAAUAAAAUGAAUGAAAAGAAACAUUUUGCUGUGCCUGAACUUAUUGAGAAAGUAGAGGAACUUGUUGUUCGCUUUAACUCGUUACAUGAACCAUUGGAAAGAAUGAGGGCAGAAUUAGAUGAAUCAAUGGGGUGGCAUCAAUUAGCUUUUGAUGUUGAUGUUGAGUUACAGUGGAUUGGGGAAAAAAGAUUAAUUGUGGAAUGUCCGCAACUUGGCCAUUCAUUAACAGAAGUUCAACAAUUAGUAAAACGCCACGAACAAUUAACUGCUGAACUAGAUUGUCAUCAACCUUUAGUUACCGAAUUAUUAAAUAAAGGAAGAAAAUUGGCAAAUACUGAUGGAAUAAAUAAACAUUCUUGUCAUCAGGAGAUUGAGGCAAAAUGUCUGGAAUUAUCUAACUCUUGGAAAAAAUUAAUGGAAUUAUCAGCAAAACGCCGAAACUUGUUGAAUAGGGCUUUUUCAAGAGAGCAAUUAUUAUUUGAAUUGUCUGAGGCUGAGAAUUGGCUGUCUGAGAAAAAUAAACAGCUUGAAACACGCGAAGAAGGGGCUAUCUCAGAAGGUCAUGGGGGUGCUCAAACAUUACUUGCUUGGCUCAAGACUUUACAAAAUGAAUUAGGGCCAUUUCAUUCAAGCCUUGUUGAAUUAAAAAAUAAAUGUGUUAAUCUAAAAGAUUUUGGAAUUUUUGAGGAAGAAAUUGCUGAAAGAGAAUUAAGAAUAGAAGAACAAGCAAAUGUUUUAGAAGAACGUGCCCGUUUAUCAGCUGAAAAUGCUAAUGCUCUUGUUAAUCUUCAUAAUUUGGAAGAAGAACAACAAGAAUUAGAGCAAUGGUUAGAACAAAAAUCAAAAAUUUUAUCUCAAGAUGAUUGUGGUGCUAAUUUGGAACAAUGGGAAAAAUUAAAAACAAAAUUUAAUGAUGAACGUCAACAAAUACGGACUUUAGGUCAUGAGAGAUUAGAAAAAUGGGAGAAUGGGGCAAAUAUUCUUUCGAAAAAGGUGCCGGAACAUGCGAGAGAAGUAUUGCAAGGACAAAAUCGUCUCCAUACACUUUGGGAACUAAUUAAUGAAUAUAUAGAACAACGUGAGGCAUCUUUAGCACAAGCAGGAUUAUUAUACCGAUUUUUGCGAGAUUCUGAGGAAUUAGAGGAAAGAGUGAGAGAAAAAGAACUGACUUUACCUAAAGAUUUAGGUCGGGAUGCAAAACAAUCUUAUGGGCUUAUUUUAAAACACGAAGUUUUUGAGAAUGAAUUGGCACAAUUAAAAGAGGAAAUUGAGGCAUUGGUUGCAUCUGGAGCACAAUUUGAACAGUUAGACGAAAAUAUUCAAUUACGCCCUCUUAUCGAUAGUUGGACUCGACUACAAGAAGCAAGUCUACUUCGAGGAGAACAAUUGAUGGCUACAUAUGAAACACAUAAAUUUACCUCGCAAGUACGAGAUCUUCUACAAUGGACACAGUCUGCACUUGUGGAAAUGGGUGGAGAACAAACGAUCAGAGACUUGCAAACAGCUGAAUGGCUAGCGGAAGAACAUCGUCGCUUGCGGGCAGAAUUGGAAGGUCGAGAGCAAGAACGUUCUUUGCUUGUUAAUAUUGGACGUGAUCUAGAACGUCUUGGUCAUUGUCCUGCUGAAGUUGUGCAUCAACGAUUAUUGGGGUUGGAUCAAGCAUUUGCUGCUGCUGUUCAAUGGCAUGCCUUUCAACGUGAAGCCCUUCAAAUUCUUGCACAAAUCCAAGCGCGUGAUAGGUCCUUAGAUGCGCUUGAGCAACAAAGAGAAUUCGAUAAUAAACAUUUAAAAGAAGAUAAACAAGAAAAAUCUCCUGCACAUCGCAAGAAAGAAUUAAAUACACUUAUUUGUGUUUUGGCUACUUUGGAGGAAAGAAUUUCUAGAUUGGGGGAAAUGGCAGAAACUUUAGAAGAACAAGGACAUGCUGAAACUGAACAAAUUCAAGCAUUGACACGACGUGUGACAAAUGCACUUAAUGAGUUGGGAGAACACACUAAUUAUGUUAAAAGAUCUUUGGAUGCAGCCGAAGAAUUGGCCCAAUUUGAGGCAGAAUUGGCUGAUCUUACUGACUGGCUGAUAGAAAAAGAAGAAAGUUUUAGAGCUCAACAAGUUGCUUCAUUUAAUUCUUCUAAUGAUAGCGGCCAAUUAACAAACAAAUUGGAACGUUUAAAAAGGCAACAAGCUCUUCAAAGUGAGUUGACCGCAAAUACGCCUCGACUAGAAAGGUUACUUGCACACAAAGAGAAGAUAUAUGUUCGGCAACGAGGUGCUGAUGUGAAACAAGCUAUAACUCGCUGUGAAGAGUUUUUCCAACGUUGGAAUCAGCUUUUGGCCCAGUCUAAAGCAUUGGACGCGGCAUUAGAAGAAGCACGUGAUUUACUCGAAUUGGAGCAAUUAGCUGACCGUUUUGGGGCAUAUCUCCGAGACAAAGAAGCUUUAGUGCAAGCUGAGGAAUUGGGAGGUGAUCUUGAACAUUGUCAAACUUUAAUAAAUAGACUAAAAGAAGCUCAUAAAGGAGUAGAUGAGAAAACAUUAAUUGAUGCAAACACACUUGCAAAAAAUAGAUUAAUUAAUUCAAAAGGAGGAAAUACAGAAGCAUCUCAUAUUAUAGAUAGAUUAAAUGAUAUUAAUAAGGGCUGGGAACAUCUUUCUGGACGUAUUCACAAUUAUCAGGCUUUACUUGAAGCUGCUUUAGAAGUUCAUCGUUUUAAUAGAGAUGUGGAUGAGACUAACCAACGUAUUGGAGAGAAAACUUCUCUUCUUUCUGCUGAACAACAGGCUAAGGAUUUGGCUGGAGUUGAACGUUUAUUAAGAGCACAGGAUCAGGCUGAAAGAGAUAUGUCUGCCAUUCACCGAAAAUUGAAUGAACAUGAUGAACAGGCAAAAUUGCUUUUGGCACAGGAUCCACCUUUACGUGAAACGGUGUUAGACUCUCUACGAAAGUUAGAACUUAGUUGGCAACGUUUGGCAGAAUUAGCACAUGCUAGACGUCAAGCUCUUCAACAGACUUAUUCUCUACAUCAUUUUCUUGAUUUGGUUAGGCGUACUGAUCAAUGGGCACAAUCAAUUAGGACAAAAAUGAGUGGACAAGCACCUUCAAGAAAUGUAGCUGAGGCUGAAAGAGCACUUCAAAGACAUGCUGAAAGACUCGCAGAAAUUGGGGCUAGAGAUGAGGAAUUUCGAUCUCUACGAGAGUUUUGUCAACGUUUAUUACAAGAACAACCGGAACAUCGUAGUGAUCUUCAACGAGCUCAACGUCGACUUCAAACACUUGAACAUCAAACACGCCAAUACUGGGAAAGAGAACAACAAACAUUGGAACGGUCACUUCUUUUCCAAAAAAUUCUUGCACAAAUUGGUCAAAUUGAUUGUUGGUUAGCUGGGAAACAAGCACAAUUGGAUGGUUUAACAGCUGGAGAAAGUCCAGAAUCUGCUGAGGCUGCUAUUAGAGAACUUGGUCAUUUUAUUGUUGCUUUGGAAUCUCAACUUGCCGAACGUUUUUCAUGGAUUGAUUCAACUAAUGAAACUUUGGAUUCGAUAGCGAAUGAUCACCCAGAAGGGAGUAGAGUAAAAGAAAGAGUUGAGGAAAUUAAAGAAAAAUGUAAUGAACUACAGAAACAAACAGAAACAAAACAACGUAAUUUAAAUGCUAAUAAACAUUUGGCACAAUUUUUGCGUGAAUGUGCUGAAUUAAUAACUUGGAUGAAUGCAAAACUACAACUUGCUAUGGAUGAUGGUUAUUUGGAUGCUACGGCUUUACGGCUUAAAUUAAAGAAGCAUUUGGCAUUUGAUGCUGAAUUAAGAGCUAGUGAAGAAAGAAUUGGACGUUUACAAAAACGUGGGCAAUGUCUGUUGAAUGAAGAAUUUGGUAAAGAUUCUAAUAUUGGGGAUAAAGAAGAGAGUGAAGAGAGAGUACGUGCUCAACUUGAAGAAUUAAAUAAUGGAUGGACUGAACUUUUGGAAAAAUCUGCGGAGAAGUCAGACCGAUUGAGAAGUGCCUAUGAGGCUUAUCAAUUAGGACGUCGCAUUUCUGAAUCGGAAUGUUGGUUGGAACGAGUUGAGGCCAUAAUUAGCUCAGAGGAUCACGGGAUAGACUGCAGCAGUGCUGAACAAUUAUUAGAGCAAUUUGAAAAUCUUCGAACGGAAAUUUGUGCAAAAGGGUUAUUAAUAGAAGAAUUAUUCCAAGAAGCAUAUAAAUUAAUGGAAAAAUCUGGUGAAGAUUUGGGGACAAACAGACAGAUUUUAUAUGAGAGAGCGGAAGCACUUCGAGGCCGUUGGAAUGCUGUAGAUGAACCAUGUCAAAUUAGAUCUCAGAAUUUGUCAGAAGCAGUAAGUUUUUAUCAAUGGGCUGAUCAAACAGAUGAACAAAUUGAGUGGCUUGAAUCUCGCGUUAGAUUAUUAGAAAGUUCUGAUUAUGGCCGUUCUCUCCAUUCGGCACAAUCUCUUCUACAAAAACAUCAGAUUCUUGAAAAAGAAUUUUCUGUUCGUCAACCAACCUUUGGUCAAUUAAUAACAACUGGUGAAAAAAUGCUUUUGGUAGAAAUGAAGAAUAAUAAUUUAAAUGAAGAAAAUAAAAAAGAGAAAAAGCAAAAAGGUCUAAAAUCUGGGGAAUUAACUGAAAGAUUGGACAAAUUACAUGAUUUGAUUACACUCUUCCGUGCUUUAGCUUCUGUGAGAGAACAACGUUUAAACGAAUCUCUUCUUUCUCAAGAAUUUUAUGCAGAGGCUGCAGAAGCUGAACAUUGGAUGAAGGAAAGGUGGGGAUUGAAUGGAAUAGAUAAAUCAUUUAAAUAUAAUCUUCCCGGGCAUUUAAUUAUUAGGUAUUUUUGUGAGUACUCGAACAUAAGAGGACCGAUCUCGAAAUCUCCUAAUAGUUUUCCGUUUGAGAUUUCGACUCGAAAAUUCACGACACUAUGA